UUUAAAUUGCAUUAUAAUGACCUUUAAAAAAUAUCUUUUAAGGCACAUUACAACAUGAGUAAGGAAACAGACUCAAAUUCUUCAUUUGAAUGGCCUCGUCUGCUGAGUUAUAACGGGACAUACAAGUACCUCUACUUAGAAGGCAAUGUCUCUUACGUGGACUUCUACCAUCAUCAGCCUUCAGUGGCAGCUGUCUUCAUUGUCUCUUACCUCCUCAUCUUCCUGCUCUGUAUGGUUGGCAAUGGAGUAGUCUGCUAUACUGUUCUGAGGAGCAAGCAUAUGCGAACAGUCACAAAUCUUUUCAUCUUGAACCUGGCUGUCAGCGAUUUACUAGUGGGAAUCUUCUGCAUGCCCACCACCCUACUGGACAACAUCACUGCAGGAUGGCCAUUUGGGAGCAUGGUUUGCAAGAUGAGUGGGAUGGUCCAAGGAAUCUCUGUCUCUGCUUCCAUCUUCACUCUGGUUGCAAUUGCUGUAGACAGGUUUCGAUGCAUCGUUUAUCCGUUUAAGCAGAAGUUGACCACCUCAACCGCUAUCAUCAUUGUAACAGUCAUCUGGAUUCUGGCCAUUGCAAUCAUGUGUCCUUCAGCAGUCAUGCUGCAGGUACAAGAAGAGAAGCAUAUAAGAGUAAUCCUUGGCUAUGGCAAUGAAACUCGCCCUGUAUAUUGGUGCCGGGAGAACUGGCCUAACCCAGGAAUGAGAAGGAUCUAUACAACAGUCCUGUUUGCUAAUAUCUACCUUGCUCCCUUGUCACUCAUUGUUAUUAUGUAUGCUAGGAUAGGCAUUGCUCUCUUCAAUACAGCAGUGCCUACAGUGGGAAAGCACAGCCAGGAGCAGCGACACACUGUGUCUAAGAAGAAACAAAAAGUCAUCAAAAUGCUCGUUAUUGUGGCUUUGCUUUUCACCCUGUCCUGGCUUCCAUUGUGGACUCUGAUGAUGCUCUCAGACUAUGCCAACCUGUCAAAUAUCCAGCUGCAGAUCAUCAACAUUUAUAUCUACCCUUUUGCCCACUGGCUGGCAUUUUUCAACAGCAGUAUCAACCCCAUUAUCUAUGGUUUCUUUAAUGAAAACUUUCGCAGAGGCUUUCAGGCAGCCUUCAAAUUUCAGCUCUGCUCUAAGGACAUCAUUCACAGGGAGGUCUACUCCCAGCGAGGCCAAAGCAAUGCCAUUUUGCCAGUUGCCAACUACCAAACACCCCAGGAUCAAGCUUGUCAAGAUGUCAAGGCAGAGAGAAAGCCAAUUAGGAAAGGAAAUUGGAUGAAUAACCAGCAGGAUUUUAAGAUGGAGAAUCUUGAAGAGCCUUAGAACAACAGGAUGAAAUAAAGCAUGUUAUGUACUCUCUAAAAGAUGUCCAACAGAAUUUCUUUACUGGGUUGUGGAAUUCAAGCUCUGUAAGGUAUUUCUAUUUCUAAGAAAAGAAAUAAUGUCGAGACAUUUCUGUUUAGGAAAUAUGUAACUUGCAAAAUAUUUAAGCAUUUGACACAAGGAAGAAGCAACGUUAAUCCUUCUCCAUCAUCAGUUUAAACCAGGGACAAACUCUCCAGGGUGAGUGAUGACCCACUGCUCUUGCACUGGACUAGAGCAAAGUCCUGAUUGCAAUGGGAUUACCUCCCCUUUAUCGCGAAUUAAAAGAAAAAGAGGACUACAGUUAUAUACCCCAAUACAAUGAUAUCUGACA